UCAGUCGUUUGUUCCAGAGCAUUUGCUGUCGUGCACGUUUUUUCCAUUCAUUUCUGUGCUAAAUAAAUUAAAAGCUGCAAUAUGUCGAUGUUUUGGGGAUUAAGUAUGAAGCCUAACCGCAAAUACACGCAAACCAUUGUGAAGUCCUUCCAUAUUUCGGGUGUUGCGCUCGAUGAGGGCGAGUCCGCCAAACUUUACAUUACGGCCGACAAGACUAAGUUCAUUGUGGCGACUUUGUCCAAAAGCGUGCCACAAAUGGCGCUUGAUUUGAACUUCUGCAAGGGCGACAAGAUCAUGUUCCAAACAACUGGAGAUGCUCUGGUUUCCUUGAUUGGCUACCUUCACGAUGCUGAGGAAUCGGACGAUGAGUUCGAGGACGCAGAAUAUGAGAAUGUUGUCAAUGCUUUGAAGCAAGAAAAGGGCAUUGGCGGCAACGACAGUGAUUCGGACAAUGAUGGCAGCGAAGAGGCUGAGGAAGAGGACGAUGAUGAGGACGAGGAUGUGGAUGACAGUAAAUUAGCUGCUGAAUACUCUUCAUUCCUAGAGGAUGAAUCUGGUGAAGAGGAGGACGACGAAGAUGAGGAGGAGGAUGACUCUGAGGAUGAGGAGGAGGAAGAAGAUGCACCCAAGGCCAAAAAAGCCAAAGUCAAUGAAGCCGCAAAGAAAUCACCCAAGGAACAGAAUGGUGUGGCCAAAAAGGAGGGUAAGCAGCAGCAGCAACAGCAGCAGCAGCAGCAGAAGUCGAAGAAGGACAAGAAAGCAGCUACCGCCGCUCCUGAGGCUAAGAAAGAGCAGCCCAAGGCAAAGGAUGCCAAGCAAGCUGCCGGUGAACGCACAAUAGUUGGUGGCGUUAAAGUACAGGAUUUGCAGAACGGCAACGGACCCGAGGCCAAGCAGGGCAAGCGCGUUUCCGUCUACUAUAUUGGACGCCUCAAGUCCAACAACAAGACCUUUGACAGCAUGCAGAAGGGCAACGGCUUCAAGUUCGCCUUGGGCGCCGGCGAGGUCAUCAAGGGCUGGGAUGUCGGUGUCGUUGGCAUGAAGGUGGGCGGCAAGCGUCGCAUCACUUGCCCCGCCCACAUGGCCUAUGGCACGCGCGGCCAUCCGCCGACCAUUCCGCCAAACUCCACGCUGGUUUUCGAUGUUGAGUUGAAGGCCGUGCACUAAACGCGACUUCAACAAUUAGGCA